AUGGGAACUGCGGCACUGUCACUUCUUCUGAUCGUCACAGUACUACAGCAGAGGCGCAUCGACGAAAUGGAUAGAGUAUGGCUCGGUUUCACGACGAUUCUGCUUGUAGCGCUAACACUUGGCUCGGUGAACAAUUUCCUGGAUCCACCAUAUCGUGGCAUUCCAAAAUUUGCCACUGCUUUGGUUGUCAUUUGUUCCUCUGCUGUUCUCGUCGUGCUUUUCGUCACUUGCUUGAUGGCUGCCUACUUUUCACCGAGAAGAAACUCUUCAAAGGACGACGUUUUGGCAGAUGCUUGGAUGCGACUGGCUUUGGCAAUGUCAGCAUCCUUCCUCGCACUGAUUCCAUGCUGUUAUUCUCUCUGGCAUUUCUCAAUACAUUAUCUGACACGCGACACCACCUUCGACGAUGACGCUCGUGCUGAAUGGCUGCUGCGUAUCCUCCAGUUCUUCACAGGACCGAUAAUUGUCCCCACUGUUCUCCUUCUCAGACCGUACAACAACGCAUGCGCAGUGAUGCUUAAAAUAAGGAAACCUGAGAAAAAGGCGUCAACAGCACCUCUCAAUUUGAACCCACCACCACCACAACUGACAUACCCGCCUGUACCUUCUUUUGCAGCACUACGUAACCCUGAGGGUGUCACGCGACCCAUGCGUUGUUGA